CAGUUGGGUGGAAGUGUAGAGCAACUCAAACGGCGGCCCCGGGCCCGGGAGAGCCCACAACAAACAGCCAUUUGCCUCCUAAAAGCUACGUUGGCUGGAGGUUUGAAACCCUUUCACGGUCUACUCCCGAGCCUGAAAGGUCCCCCCACCUCCCCUCUGCGUGGUUUAAUUCAUCUGCCCGCUUAGCUCUGCUUACGACAACGCCCCCCCCCCCCCCCCGGACAUGUCGGCCAUCGCGGCUCUGGCUUCGUACGACAGCGACGACGAGUCGGACACGGAGGUCGGGCAGGUUCCCUGCAGAGACGCCGUGGCUCAUCUGCACCCGCUCCCUUCGGGGAAGUCGUUGUCGGACCUCCAUAAAUCCCUCGCCUUGAACGCGGCCCCCGACGUUGCUGUGAAGGAAGAUGUACAGGCCGGUUUUCAUCUUGAUCCAUCUCUGAAGGAGGUCGACUUCAAUCCAUCAUAUGAAACCAUGUUUGCACCAGAGCUUGGUCCAGUAAAUCCCUUUAGAACACAGCAGAUGGCUGCUCCCAGAAAUACGCUAUCUGGGUUUGCUGAGCCCGCCCAUAUCAAUGAUUUCAUGUUUGAGCAGCAGCGGAGGACCUUUCAUACUUACGGGUAUGCUUUAGAUCCAACUGUUGACCGCAGUGAAGUACCUGGAGGAGAUACGUAUAUUGGUAGCGUGGAAGAGGCUGAGAAAAAUCAAGGACUUACAGUGUUUGAAUCCGGGAAAAAGAAAAUAGAAAAACGAAAGAAAUUGAAAGAUUCAAACCCAGCAAAUAUUGAAGGUUUUCAGGGCCCUUGGGCGAAGUUUGUGGAUGAAAAAGAUGUGGCCAAACCAUCAGAGGAAGAGCAGAAAGAACUCGAUGAGAUCAUCGCAAAGAGACAGAAGAAAGGCAAGCAUGAGGAUGACAAGCCAGCAGAGGAGAAAACCGUCCUGCACGUCAAAGAUAUGUACGACUACCAAGGAAGAUCAUACCUUCAUAUUCCUCAGGAUCUUGGAGUCAAUUUACGAUCUUCAGAGCCACCAGAGAAAUGUUAUCUUCCCAAAAAACAGAUGCAUAUAUGGACUGGGCACACAAAGGGUGUCAGUGCUAUUCGAUUGUUUCCAAGGUCUGGCCACUUGCUGUUGUCUUGUUCCAUGGACUGUAAAAUCAAACUUUGGGAGGUUUAUAAUGAUCGCAGAUGUCUUAGAACAUUCAUUGGUCAUAGUAAAGCUGUCCGAGACAUCUGCUUCAACAACGAAGGCACCCAGUUCCUUAGUGCUGCUUAUGAUCGAUACCUUAAACUCUGGGACACAGAAACAGGGAAAUGCCUUGUCAAGUUUACUAAUCGAAAGGUUCCAUACUGUGUCAAAUUCAAUCCUGAUGAGGACAAACAAAGCCUAUUUGUGGCUGGAAUGUCCGAUAAGAAAAUUGUACAGUGGGACAUUCGAUCUGGAGAAGUUGUUCAGGAGUAUGAUCGGCAUCUGGGAGCUGUCAACACCAUUACAUUUGUGGAUGAAAACCGGCGCUUUGUGAGCACAUCUGAUGACAAGAGUCUUCGAGUCUGGGAAUGGGACAUUCCUGUGGACUUCAAGUAUAUUGCUGAGCCAAGCAUGCACUCCAUGCCAGCAGUAACAUUGUCACCAAAUGGCAAAUGGCUGGCUUGUCAAUCAAUGGACAACCAGAUUCUAAUCUUUGGAGCUCAAAAUCGCUUUAGACUCAAUAAGAAGAAGAUCUUCAAGGGCCACAUGGUGGCUGGCUAUGCAUGUCAAGUGGAUUUUUCACCUGAUAUGAGUUACGUGGCUUCAGGAGAUGCAGAUGGAAAGCUUAAUAUCUGGGACUGGAAGACAACAAAACUUUAUAGUCGAAUAAAAGCACACGAUAAAGUCUGCAUCAGUGCAAUCUGGCACCCACAUGAAACUUCCAAGGUUAUCACAUGUGGCUGGGAUGGACAGAUCAAGCUAUGGGACUGAUGGAAUUACAUGAACGAGUCAUGUUAUCGGCUA